CAGUCACGAGGGAGUUCUAAAAAUCCCAAGAAGACAAAACGAGCAUCACGAUCAGACAGUCAAGACAGACCCACGACGAUCAUUGAACGCGAGAGACUGUCACGCUUCAUCAGAACUCUUUAGUGCACCCCUAACCAGGUCUCAGAGUAUUCCGCAUCCCAACAACUCUGUCGCAUCCGUGUAAACGGGCCUUACGACCCCGCGAAACUCCCACUGUGCGAGUUGCAGUAUUCGGGACGCAACAACUGUCAUUAUGCUUGCCUCAAUGGAUUUUGACCAUCUUUACGAUUCGGAUUCAAGUAUGGAAUUAGGACAUAUUCGAAAACGUAUGCGACGCAUUGCAUCAAGCGAUGACAGCGAAGUCGAUGAGUGCUGUAGUUUAAUAAACGAAGAUUACGCGUGGAAAGCUGAAAAUCAUACGCCAAUUGUACACGACUUUUCAAUCGUGGCUGGUGCAACGGUAAAUACGCAAAAUCUCUCGAGAAGGGAAGUUUUUGAAUUGUUUUUUAACGAAAAAUUAGUUGGAAAAAUCACAUCAGAGACAAAUAAAAAUGGCGCCACCGACGCAGGUUUUAUGCCUCUUACCAACGACGAGCUAAAAGUAUUUAUCGCCUUAAACAUUUUAAUGACUUUAGUUUCCAAGCCCACUAUUCAGAGUUAUUGGUCCACGGACAAAAGCAUAGAAACGCCGUAUUUUAAGAAUAUUAUGCGCCGUUACCGAUUCCUCUCUAUCGCUAAGAAUUUACAUUUUUCCGGUAAUAACGAUUCUAACGACACACUCGUAAAAAUUCGAGAAGUCUCUAAAAUAGUGAAACAAGCUUUCAUUCGCAUGUAUAUUCCGAAUAAAAAUAUUUCGAUCGACGAAACGUUAGUGCAAUGUAGCAGUCGUUUACUUGGUAUUAAGUUUCACAAACUGUGUGACUCGAAAUCGAGAUACAUACACAAUUUCAAUAUACAUGUAGGAAAAGAUAAUAUUAAUACUGGAUCUGGUAGCAGAAAUAUCGUGAUAAAUUUGUUGAAAGAGAGUGGACUAUUGCACAAAGGAUAUUGCGUGUUUAUGGAUAAUUGGCACAGCUCGCCGGCCUUAUAUCGGGAACUAUAUAAUAAGCAAACAAACGCGUGUGGAACAGCGAGUAUGAAUAGGAAAGAAAUGCCUCAGGAAUUAAAAUUUCAGUAUUUACAAAAGGGCGAGGCUGUCGUAUUUUCUACGAGAGAUAUGGCGGCGAUAAAAUGGAGGGAUAAGAAGAACGUCGUUUUACUGACAACUAUGCAUGGCUUAGAUUUUGCCGAAACGGGGAUAACAAACCGAUAUACCGGACAAAAAUGUUUGAAACCCACGGCAGUGAUAGAUUACAAUCGAUAUAUGGGCGGAGUAGACAUUGGCGAUCAAAUUUUAAGCAAAUUUCACAGUAUGCGAAGGUGUAGAGAACCCUAUAAGCAAAUAUUUUUUUAUUUGAUAGACAUGAUGUUAUUAAACAGUUACGUGAUUUUUAAAAACCACAAGAGAGACCGAGCUUUUCAUGUUUACAAGCAAAAAUUAGCGGAAGAAAUUAUUGAGAAAUAUUUACCAAAUGUGAAAGUAAGCGAGGCAUGUAACAGUGAUUCGAUAACUCGAUAUACUGGCAGGCAUUUUCCUAUGCGGAUACCUGCAACUGCAGCAAAAGGAAACAGAACAUCAAAGCGAUGCGUUGCGUGCUUAGCUGAGUCUGUUCGAAGAGAAACAGUUUUUAAAUGCGACAUUUGCGACGUAGCAUUGUGUAUUGAUCAUUUUAAAGAAUUCCACGAGAAGUAA